AUGUCACCAUUACAGAGAGAAGUGGAAUUUCUCAGAGUAGAAGGAUCUAACAUUACACUCUCAGGAAAGCCUAUCGUACUCAAGGGUGCUGGCUUGGGAGGAUGGAUGAACAUGGAGAAUUUCAUAACUGGUUAUCCGGGACACGAACAUCAGAUGCGCGCAGCUCUGCGUACAACGAUGGGUCAGGACAAGUAUGAGUUUUUCUUUGACAAGGCAACUUUCCUCGAAUACUUCUUUCAAAAAGCCGAUGCUGCAUUUAUCGCUUCUUUAGGUCUCAACUGUCUGCGUCUUCCCGUCAAUUAUCGUCAUUUCGAAGAUGAUUCCAAUCCUCGGGUAUUCAAAUCUGACGGUUUGAAGCAUCUCGAUCGAGUGAUUGACCUGUGCGCCAAACAUGGUAUAUAUACCAUCAUAGACCUCCACUCCGCUCCCGGAGGCCAAAAUAUUGACUGGCAUUGUGAUGCUGGUAAUCAUCAGGCUAACUUCUGGGUACACAAAGAUUUCCAAGAUCGGGCUAUUGCCAUCUGGGAGCAUUUGGCUGAGCACUACAAGGGCAAUACCUGGGUCGCAGGCUAUAACCCCCUCAACGAGCCUACCGACUCGGAGCAUGUCAGACUCUUGAGCUUCUACCAAAGGGUAGAAAAAGCUAUCCGAGCCGUGGACCCGGAUCACAUUUUAUUCUUAGAUACGUUCGGUGAAGAUUUGAGUCGGUUUGGAGAUCCUCUACCGAAUUGCGUAUACGCAUGCCAUGAUUAUUCCAUGUACGGUAAACCAGACCAGGUAGCGCAUCAUCGAAAGUCGUUUGAUAGAAAAGUGGAAUAUAUGAGACGUAUCGGUGGUCCUAUCUGGAAUGGUGAAUUCGGUCCGGUCUACGCAUCAUCCUCCGACAGUAAUCACGAACAAAUCAACCAGUCCCGAUACGCCGUAUUGGAACAUCAAUUGAGCAUCUAUGCUCAAGCAAAGGCCAGUUGGUCCAUUUGGCUCUAUAAAGAUAUUGGGUUUCAAGGGAAGAUGUAUGUCAAUCCCGAUACGGAGUAUAUGAAACUCCUUGGACCUUUCUUAGACAAAAAGAAGCGUUUAGCAGUAGAUGCAUGGGCAGUAGAUGAGGAGAACGUAAAACAUAUCUUCGACCCUCUGAACAAUUGGCUUGAAGAAAACAUUUCAAACGUGAACCACGAGAAACGUUAUCCGCCCAUGUGGAAAAUGUCUCGACACGUGAGUAGGAUGGUGAGGGAGAUACUACUUUCUGAAGAGUUGGUUCACGAGUACGCCCAAUAUUUUUGCGAUAAGAGUAAGGACGAACUGGAAGAAUUGGCGAAAAGUUUCGCUUUUGAGAAUUGUAUACAGAGGGAGAGAUUGAAUGACAUCCUGAAGAAAGAUGCUGGAGGGGAGGUGAUGAUUGCAGCGUGA